GUGUCUUCGUCCUCGUAAGUGACUUGGCCGGGCCCUGGGGACAGAGUAGAGGCAGCCGGGCGGAGGGACGACAGUCGGAGCCGGGAGAGCAGGGAAGGGAGAGUCCAGCCCAGGGUUCCCCUCUGGGGCUCGCCAAGUAGCCGAGGGGAGGGGAGCAGCAGUCAGAGUCCAGGGCAGCCGGAGGGGUCACAGGGGUCGAGAGCCUCGGCGUGAAGAGAAAGGGAGGCCUCCUUGGGAAGAAUCGGUAUCGACAAAGAAGUUUGGGUCUGGGGGAUCCCGGUUCCCACCAUGCUACAGAUUCUCUUACUCUUCGGCUGCGGUGCGGUGGGCGCAGCCACCGCCUCAGGCGGGGCCCCGCACUUCAUUCAACAACCGCAGGACAGGACGGUGGUCCUCGGGGAGGCCGUGGCGCUGCGCUGCGCUCUGGACGGCUACAAGGGCUUGGUACAGUGGACAAAGGAUGGACUGGCGCUGGGCGGUGAACGGGACCUGCCAGGCUGGUCCCGCUACUGGAUCGCGGGGGACGGAGCGGGUGGGCGGCACGACCUGCACAUCGCGGGGGUCGAGUUGGGAGACGAGGCGGAGUACGAGUGUCAAGCUACACAGGCCGCCUUGCGCUCCCGCCCCGCCCGGUUGCGCGUCCUCAUUCCCCCCGAAGCUCCCGAGGUGAUAGGGGGCCCGGUCCUGGCCCUGGUCGCUGGAGCCCGGACUAACCUGACCUGCCUCAGUCACGGCGCCAAACCGGCUCCGGAGCUGUCGUGGUUCCGGGGAGGUGUACGGCUGGAGGGAGCCUCCUACAGCAAGAUGGUGCUGGCCGACGGGGUGCGGGAGGCGGCUCAGAGCUCCCUGCCCUUCACGCCCUCGGCCCAGGACGACGGAGCGACGUUCAGCUGCCGGGCCCAGAGUCCCGCCCUGCCCCAGGGCCGGAGCACCGCCGUCUCCGUCAGCCUGCAGUAUCCCCCUGUAGUGACUCUGUCGGUGCAGCCCCAGACGGUGCCAGCCGGCGGCAGGGUCAGCUUCCUGUGCGGGGCCACGGCCAACCCCCCGGUCACCGGCUACAGGUGGGCGAAGGGUGGGGAGCUGCUCCCCGCCGCUCGGGGUCCCCUACUGGAAGUUGUGGCCGACCCCUCCUUCCUGACGGAGCCUGUGUCCUGCGAAGUCACCAACCCUGUGGGCAGCGCUAACCUCAGCACAGUGCUGGAUGUGCAUUUCGGGCCGCUCCUCCUGACGCCCCCGGACUCAGUAGCCGUGGACGCAGGGACUGAUGCCACCUUCGCUUGCCACUGGAGGGGAAACCCGGCCCCCAGGGUGUCCUGGAUGCGCCGAGGGGAAGCUCAGGUUUUGGGCACGGGACCGAUUCUGCGGCUACUCGAGGUGACCGCAGAGGAUGCUGGGAGCUACGUGUGCCAGGCGGAGACGGGGCCUGGAGGGAGGGGCCUGGCCCAGCGGGAAGCUCAACUGACUGUGCAUGGUCCCCCUGUGGUCAUCACCCUUCUCCCACCACCGGUCACCCUGGGGGCCCCAGCCCAACUACAGUGUCUAGUUCACGGCUCCCCAACGCCUGACACGGUGGUCUGGUCCUGGGGAGAGGAGGAACUGGGCUCUGGGGCACGGGGCCGCUACCUGGUGGAGACUGGACCGGCUCCCGAGACGGAGGGGCAGCAGGCCCUGCUGUCGGUGCUGCGGAUUUCCGCCACACACGCCACGGACUUCGCUCACGACUUCAACUGCACUGCUCGCAACCGCCUGGGGGAGGCCAUGGCCCAGACCACUCUGCGCCGCCAGGAGACCCUGCCUGUGCUGCUGACCGCAGCCGGAGCUGCCGUGGGCCUCACGAUCUUGCUUCUGGCCACGGUGGGUGGGACCCUCUGCUGCUGGACCCCAGGACAAGGUUCCCGCGGCCGCCUCAACAAGCCGGAUGUCCUAGUGCAGAUCCAGGCCAGCGACAGUGGCUCCAGCGCCCCCGGUCCUGACGAGGAGGAGACCAAAGAGGCCCGGGGCCCCAGCAGCGAGUCCCCUGGGACGUCCCACACAGAGAGGAGUGAGAUCCUGGAGGAGGAGUUGGGGGCAGAGCUUAAAGACCCCACCAAUGGCUACUACAAGGUUCGCGGUGUCAGCAAGGACCUCCCGGGGCCAUUCCCUGUGGGACCCCGGACCCUGUACCCUCCCCCCCCACCCUCCCCACUCUUUGCCCCUGAGUCCCAGCUCCACCACUCCACCGUACGCUUUUCCCCUCCCCCAGCCCUCAUCCCACCCAGUGGCCUCUACCUCACAACACCCUACAGCCACGCCUUCACCACCUGUGCCCACCGGCCCCCUGCCCCCCGCUUUUCCUAUGCGACUCUCCCCCGCCUGGACGGGGGCUGGGGGGGUCACCAGCGGCUCCAGACCCACGUGUGAGUUGCUCUAGGUUCCUCUCCCCUGGCCAAAGGGGAGGUGGGUCAGCCAAUGAAAGGUCGAACGGCAUCAUGAUGGCUGACUAUGCCAGCCCCAUGCUCCCACCCCUUCCUGUGCCACCCUUCCUCCCUCUUGGUGAGCAUGAGAGUGAGUUUGGCCGCUAGCGGGUGAGGCCAGUUUGCAGAAGUGCUGGGUAUGGGGUGGGCCUCGGCACAGCACCUGGUGACAGUCCAUCGAUCUGCAGACAGGUGUGGGGUGCUAAGGAGGGCGGUCAUCCCACCUUGGGGGGAGCAACGGACAGCUGACUUAGUCAAUGAGCAGCCUGGCCGAGACACGGUGCCCAACCUCGGAUCAGUUGCCUCAUGCCAAUGGGAUCCAAGAUGGUGGAUGAGUUGGACUGCUCUUCCCUCCGGGUUAGCGGGCAGAUGUCACACAUAGUAGAAGGGAGCAGAGCAGUGUUGAGAUGAGGGUAGUCUCCAUGACCUCCCCCACCCCCAUUCAUUGGCCAUCAGCCCGAAUAGAUGGUCACCAGAGGGCCCCAAGUGCCUCCUCUCUGGUUGAUCAACUGGCACUUGGUCCAGAAAGAGAGAUCCUUCGUGGUGGUGGAUCCCGGUUGACCAACCCUCCUCCCACUGAGCCAGGAGGAGAGAGGCAGGGGGAUCUCGGCCGGGGCGAGGGGGAGUCUCUGCCUUAUCUCCCCCUCUCUGUGGCCCUGAGACCACUGAGCCGCUUCCCAGGGACUCUGGGAAAACAAUGGACAAGGAACUCAGCCAGUGGGAGGAGGAGGGGUCACUGCCUUGGGCCCCCGAGCACCAGCCCCUCCCCACUCUACCACGCUCUCGCUCUCGGGACUUGAACAAUCGGGCUGGGAACGAGUGGAGGCGGGGAGAGGGGGUGUUGGCUGUGGUUUAACCGUAAGAAUCGUUUCCAAAUUGUACAUCGCGGGAUUGAACUACUGUAUUUAUAUUUAAUUAAAAAAAAACCCACAAAAGUCA